AUGGGAGCCGUUUUGGGACUAGUUUCAGCGGCCAAUUUGGCUUGCUGCUGCACAGGAACGGCCUGUUCAUUGUGUUGCUCCCUUUGCCCGUCAUCGUUCAAGUCCAAUUCGACCGCUACCCGUUUCAUGUACGCACUCAUGCUGGUCCUCGGAGCCAUUGUGGGGGCUAUCAUGUUAGCACCGGGGUUGCAAGAUUUCCUACAGAAAGUUCCAUUCUGUGCAAACUCCACAUCGACCGCUUCGAAUAUUAUACCGGGUGGUGAAACUAUCGAUUGUAGCCAUGCCGUGGGAUAUCUGGCCGUUUAUCGUAUCUGCUUCGCGCUGGUUUGCUUCUUCACCCUGUGGGCACUGAUGAUGAUACGAGUGCGCUCGUCGAAGGAUCCGCGGGCAGCUCUUCAGAAUGGGUUCUGGGGUAUCAAGUUUAUGAUCGUUAUCUGCAUUGCCAUCGGUGCGUUCUUCAUCCCGGAGACAGGUUUCGGUCCGGCCUGGAUGUGGGUGGGUAUGAUUGGAGGGUUCGCCUUCAUCUUGGUACAGCUCGUGUACAUCAUUGACUUUGCGCACAGCUGGGCCGAAGCUUGGGUGAGCAACUACGAGGAGGACGAAUCACGCGGUUGGUUUGCUGCGCUUUGCUGUGCGACCGGCAUCCAGUACGUGCUGUCAUUGACCGGGGUGGUACUUUUGUUUGUGUACUACACCCAAUCGGAGGAUUGCGCGCUGAACAAGUUCUUCAUUAUAUUUAAUCUGAUUCUUUGCUUCGGUGUGAGCAUCCUCUCGAUCGCACCACCCGUACAAGAACUUCAGCCAAAAUCGGGUCUGCUGCAGAGCUCGAUGGUGACCCUUUACACGAUCUAUCUGACUUGGUCCGCUAUUGCUAACAAUCCGGACGCUGAAUGUAAUCCCGGAUUCUUGGGCAUCAUUGGGGAAAAGUCGAACAAAGUGCAUUUCGAUAAGACAAGCAUCGUGGGACUGAUCAUCUGGCUGCUGUGCAUCCUCUACUCGUCCAUGCGCUCGGCCAGCAACGUUUCGCAGUUCUCCGAUCCGGAAAAGCAAGGUAAGCAUCUUACAGCUUCCCUUAGCGAUGACGCAGCGAGCGGCAGCGGUUCUCGCGGUAAUGAAAUUCGAGACAAUGAGGAGGAAGGUGUUGCUUACAGCUGGUCUCUGUUCCAUGUUGUAUUUAUAACGGCGACACUGUACGUCAUGAUGACGCUUACCAACUGGUAUCAGCCAAAUUCGUCACUAGAUACACUCAAUGCAAAUGCUGCUUCCAUGUGGGUAAAGAUGGUUUCCAGCUGGAUGUGCGUUGCACUGUACGGAUGGACGAUGGUCGCCCCGAUGGUACUUACCGAUCGUGAAUUCAACUAA